AGCUGCCACACCUGUACCCUGCCCGGGGCCUGCAACAUCCCCGCCAACGUGGGCAACUGUGGCUGGUUCUGCGAGGGCUCCUUCAAUGGCAGCGAGAAGGAGACCAUGCAGUUCCUGAACGACCGCCUGGCCAGCUACCUGGAGAAGGUGCGCCAGCUGGAGCGGGAGAACGCGGAGCUGGAGACCAGGAUCCGGGAGUGGUGCCAGCAGCAGGUGCCCUUCGUGUGCCCCAGCUACCAGUCCUACUUCCGGACCAUCGAGGAGCUCCAGCAGAAGAUUCUGUGUGCCAAGUCUGAGAAUGCCAGGCUGGUGGUGCAGAUCGACAACGCCAAGUUGGCCUCUGAUGACUUCAGAACCAAGUAUGAGACGGAGAUGGGCUUGAGGCAGCUGGUGGAGUCGGACAUCAACGGCCUGCGCAGGAUCCUGGACGAGCUGACUCUGUGCAAGUCUGACCUGGAGGCCCAGGUGGAGUCCCUGAGGGAGGAGCUGCUGAGCCUCAAGAAGAACCACGAGGAGGAAGUCAACACCCUGCGCUGCCAGAUCGGAGACCGCCUCAACGUGGAGGUGGACGCGGCCCCCACCGUGGACCUGAACCGCGUGCUCAACGAGACCAGGAGCCAAUAUGAGGCCCUGGUGGAGACCAACCGCAGGGACGUGGAGGAAUGGUUCACCACCCAGACCGAGGAGCUGAACAAGCAAGUGGUGUCCAGUGCGGAGCAGCUGCAGUCCUGCCAGGCGGAGAUCAUCGAGCUGAGACGCACGGUCAACGCCCUGGAG